AUUCGCCCUUGUUGCCCCAGAGUACAGAUUCCCUUCCUUCCUCUCCUCCGUACCGACAACACAGAUCUCGCCGCUACUGCAGAAUAGCCCCCAACUUCGGGCGCACUGGGACCAUUGGCUUGUUUGUCGGGACCGCUGCGCUCUCUGGAAUCCUGUUCCACAUCCUUUUUUUCACAACCGGAGUCGCGUCCCGCGCAAACGAAUGGCGCCUCAAAUUACCUUAUGCGUCCCGUCCCCCACCCUAUGUCUCUCCCGACACUCCCUUACUCACUCACGAGUCGCUACCACCACCACCAUCACAUGGUCCCCCACCCAACCCCUUCACUGCCCCAACGCUUCAGGGCAACCCAGAACUUGAUCAGCUCAGCCUUGAGGAGAUUCGAGACAUGGUUGCAGGCACGAAGGGCUUCUUCUCCCGCGAUUACAGCCUCGGCCUAGGAUGGAAUAAUAUGAGAUACAUCAUCGAAGCCGCAUUAAUCCAGUCAAAAUUGCUUAAUCGCACCCUGAUUCUGCCUUCCUUUGUAUAUGCGCGUGCGUGCGAGUACAAUAUCACUGUCUGCGCCGAGUACGCACCGAUGGUGAACAAAGGCGACGCCGUCGGCUGGGAUGAAUGGCGAAAGCUACCCUUUGAACAACAAAUGGGCUGGGAGAUCCCCAUGCAGCUAAUGCUCAACCUGACCCAUCUGCGCAAGACCCACCCUGUCAUCCUCGUCUCAGAUUGGCUUCGCUUCCACGGCCAGUCGCCCGACACCGAGUUCAGCAAUGGUGCAUGGCAGCGUGGACCCUACCAUCAGUCCCCCAAUGUCUUUGAGCAGGACAAGUCGAAGCUGCCGUCGCUGUACGUGAUUGAGAAUCACUGGUACGAUCCUACGAAGACCCACCGCGUGGACCAGCUGCCUGAAGACAUGAAAUUGCGGGGUGAGUGGAGUCCCGAGGGCUACGACGCAUCGACUGGCCGGAAGGGUCAUUGGCCACACCGUGAUCCGACGGAAGCAUUUCAACGCCUCGAGGCAAAGCUACCGGCCGAUAGACACUACCUUGAGUGGCACGAAGCUAGCGACGCACUGCAGCAUGAAGACGGUGCUCACCUCUGGGAUACCACCUCGGACGAGAAACUCGAGAAGGUACUCCAAGAAAAUGGAUGGGAGGUCCUACAUACCUUCCGAGGAGCUCUAGGAAUGGACUAC